AUGGCUUGCCAUUACCAGAAGCUGCUCUGGGGAGCUCUCACCCUUGGGGUGUCUGUUUCUGCUCUUCCAGGUCCAUUGAAAGCUAGUCGAGCUGAUGAAAACCCAUCACCACCCGUGGCUACCAUAAAAUCGAGCAAUUCACAAACAGAAACCGUCUUCGUCGGUCGUUCUCUGCCCGAAUUCGACCAGGAGUUAUUUCUCGGCGUCAAAUACGCAGAUAAACCUAUCCGGUUCACCCCAUCAUCUCUGAAGACAGUUUAUACUGCCAGCGAUAGUGACUCUGGGCUAUAUACGGCCUCAGUAGAUGACUUGAACAUAUCCCAGGAGGCGGUACUUUACAAUGCUACAGAAUACGGCUACGAAUGCCCUGGAUACGGGUCCGAUGAGACCAAACUGGUCGACAUGGGCUUGAUACAACUGAACGAAGAUUGCCAUAAUCUGAACAUUAUUCGGCCUAAGCUACAGCCCAACGAGACUCAACUGCUCCCGGUCAUGUUAUGGAUUUUCGGAGGUGGAUGGCAACAGGGCGCAACGGCGGACCCGAGGUACAAUAUGAGUUACAUUGUUCGUCAGGGCGCGUUGAACGAUAAACCUGUCCUGGGAGUUUCGAUUAAUUACCGAUUGGCAGCUUUUGGUCUUUUGGAUUCUGAGGAGCUUCGGGCUUCCGGAAAUAACAAUCUUGCUCUUCGAGAUCAGCGAGUUGCGAUGCGGUGGGUGAAACAGAAUAUCGAGGCGUUUGGUGGAGAUCCGGAUAAGGUCACGAUCUGGGGGGAGUCUGCGGGUGCCUAUAGCGUUGGGGCGCACUUGGUUGCGAAUGACGGGGACAAUGAAGGCCUUUUCCGAGCAGCAAUCAUGGAGUCCGGAAAUGCCAACGGGCCACCCUGGAAUGGGACAGACUGGUACCAGCCAAUGUACGAUCGCAUUGUGAAAGCAACGGGCUGUUCUUCUUCGUCAGACACACUUCAAUGCCUACGCGAUGUAUCAUAUGAAACACUAUACGAUGCAGCAUAUGAAGGACUAGAGUGGUUCGCAGCGAUCGAUGGUACAUUCAUCAAGGAGUAUCCCCAGAUAAGCAUCACGCAAGGGAACAUGGCCAAAGUGCCCAUCCUCCUGGGAACAAACACAGACGAGGGAACUAGUUUCGGUACAACAGGGACGAAUACGGACGAUGAGUGUAUUGAACAGCUUAUUUCAUCAAAACGCUGGGUGCUUGAUCGUGAGCAAGCCACCAAACUUCUUACGUUCUAUCCCAAUGACCCUGCCCUGGGAUGCCCAUACGGAUGGGGAAAUACCACAUGGCCAGAUCUAGGACUCAUGUAUAAGCGAUAUGAGUCGAUGGCAGGCGAUCUUACCAUGGUCGGACCGAGGCGGCUCCUCGCACAAAAUAUGGCCAAGUAUAAAAACGAGGUUUACUCUUAUAGGUGGGAUGUGCCUGCUUUGAAUACAUCCAGCACUAUUGGAGUGGGUCACUUCGCGGAGAUUCCCUUUGUAUUCGCCAAUCCGGUCCAAAAUAUCACACCACUGGGAGACGAUCCCGCCCGUCUUGAGCUUGGUAACCUGGCCGCUCGAAUGUGGACCUCGUUUGUUGCCGAUUUAGACCCCAAUGGGCAUAAUGUUGCAAAUAUUCCCGUAUGGCCGCAGUAUUCUCAGGAAACAUCGAACUUCGUGUUCCGCCUGCCUAAGGAUGGAAGUUAUAUCGAGGCUGACACAUACCGAGAGGAUGGCAUUGAGUAUAUCAACAGCAUCCCCAGGUAG